UCAAAAAUUUGUGUGCGCCCUCAGCCUGAUGGUGGAGGAUGAGGAAAACAGCGCAUACGUAACCUGCAUGUAUUUGUGUGUGUGGGGUGGAGGACAAGCGACUACUCAAACUCUGAGCAAGCAUUACUGCUUAAGAAACGCCAGCGCGGGAUCAGCAAGGCCAUUUUAUGUAGAUUUCUGGAUCACUUGAAGGCCACGGCAGCUGAUGAUGAAGCGAAGCCGUGUCCCGAGCACCAGUGAGGAUUCAGACAAUGGAAGUAACACAUCCUGGUCUCAACACUCCAAUUCCAAGCACAGGAAACAGAAUGGAAAGAGACCAUCAGAGGUGUUCAGAACAGACCUAAUAACUGCUAUGAAGCUUCAUGACUCAUACCAGCUGAAUCCGGAAGAUUAUUAUGAGCUGGCCGAUCCCUGGCGACAGGAAUGGGAGAAAGGAGUUCAAGUCCCUGUCAGCCCUGAAUCCAUACCGCAACCUAAAGUGCGUGCAUUAGCUGAGAAAUGCCCUGCCGCCCUGUUCGUCAAACCGAAGAAGCUGAUUCGCUCUUCGGAGUCAAGCAUGCUGGGGUAUGUGGGUAUUCAAACGCUAGCUGAUGGCAUGUGCCGAUAUGACCUGAAUGAAGAGGACGUCGCUUGGCUGGAGAUCGCUAAUGAGGAGUUCAGUAAGAUGGGUAUGCAAUCCCUGGAUGAGCUGACUAUGGAGCGGGUCAUGGAGGAGUUCGAAAGGCGUUGCUAUGACAACAUGAGUCACGCCAUGGAGACCGAAGAGGGACUCGGAAUCGAAUACGAUGAAGACGUGGUCUGUGACGUCUGUCAAUCACCCGACGGCGAGGACGGAAACGAGAUGGUGUUCUGUGACAAGUGCAACAUAUGCGUGCACCAGGCGUGUUACGGUAUACUGAAGGUUCCAGAGGGCAGCUGGCUUUGCCGUACUUGUGCGCUGGGCAUCUUUCCCAAAUGCCAUCUGUGCCCGAAGAAAGGCGGAGCUAUGAAACCCACCCGCAGCGGGACUAAGUGGGUGCACGUUAGCUGUGCUCUCUGGAUACCAGAAGUAAGCAUUGGUAACCCUGAGAAGAUGGAGCCUAUCACUAAUGUGUCUCAUAUACCCAGCAACAGAUGGGCAUUAAUAUGCUGUCUGUGUAAAGAGAAAACCGGAGCUUGUAUACAGUGUUCUGCCAAAAGUUGCCGCGUGGCUUUUCACGUAACCUGUGGACUACAUUAUGGUUUAAAGAUGAACACAAUCCUCACCGAGGCGGACGAAGUCAAGUUUAAAUCCUUUUGUCCCAAGCACUCAGGCAUGGACUGGAGUGAAGAUGAUGAAGUUAGACCAUUGAAGAUGCAGAGUGGGAGAAACAGGGGGGUCAAUUUCUCUUCCGAACCAGGAGGCGCGCAAAACCAAGAAGAGACGAGAGUCAGCGAGCGAAAGCUUCGAGUCCAGCAACUCGAAGAUGAGUUUUAUCGCUUUGUCGCUGCAGAUGAGGUUGCCGAACACCUUCAGUUACCCCUGGAAAUGGUGGACUUUUUGUUCCAAUACUGGAAGUUGAAAAGAAAAGUCAACUUUAACCAGCCACUCAUAAUGCCAAAGAAAGAAGAAGAAGACAGCCUUGCCCGACGGGAACAGGAAGUUCUUUUGCGUCGACUCCGCCUUUUUACCCAUUUAAGACAAGAUCUAGAGCGGGUACGAAAUUUGACGUACAUGGUCAGUCGUCGGGAGAGGAUAAAACGAACCGUGUGUCGGGUACAGGAGCAGAUCUUUCACCAUCACAUCCGACUGCUGGAGCAGGGACGGGUCGCCGGCAUAUCUUCUACAAGACGUUUGGAGGAGGCUAUGUUUUAUUUCCGGGCGGCACCUCCAGCAUCCCCGCAACCUCUGAAAGGUCACCGUGGGCAGAAUAGCGUACUGGGCUCCACGGUUCAGACUUACGAGAAGGGAAGCAACCAUUACAGAAACUCGAAACAUCCCUCAGUUGAUAUAGAAACAAGCAAGCCUGCAAAGAUGACCAGACUGGAAGGCUUGAUCACGGACAAGGUUUCUAAUUCUGAGGAGGUCGUUGAUUCGACCUCUGGAAGUUGUAAGAUUUUGAGAAAUGAGACUACAGUGAAACGUUCAGAUGGCAGGCUGAGGGGGAGCACGGCCAUCGAGUCCCAGAGAAAUGAUAAUGAUGAGACUGAGCGCCCCCUAGAGGACAGGAGGCGGAGAAACAAGCUAUGGGAACAGACUGUGUCCGUGAAAGAUAAACUGCGGCGGUGCAAGCUCCUGGAGGAUUCGGGGAAGAAUGAGGCAGAGGAAAACAAUUUGAAUGACAAUGGAUCGCAAAGAAAGACACACGCAAGCCAGCAUCAAGGAAAACUUGUGCCAAAUGGAACAUCUGGUCGGCAUUUGAAAAACUGGGGCAGUUUCAGAAUUCCUAAAAGAAGUGAGAAAACUGCAGGGGGGAAAGAUGGACAGGAAGAAAGUGAGGUGGAAGAGCCUCCGCUUAGAACCAGGCUAAGAACAGGAAGUGAGAACCGAAGUCACGUGAAAGAGUCUGAGCUUGGCCAAUCAGAGCAGGGCAAAAGGUGUCACAGCCAAAGACUACGAAGUCAUGAUCCAAUGACAAGACGUUACGGUUCCAAUGUAAUCCAACGUGGAGUACUUGCAUCGUGAAUUUUGUAUCUAACAUCUAUUCCAUGUGUUUAAAAAAAAAUAUAUAUAUAUAUAUAUAUAUAAAUAUAUAUUAUUUUUCCCUUAAUUUGCUCUCCAAUGAAGGCAGAACUUGGUGGAAUGAUAUUUAUUUUUCUAUUCUGUAAUUCUCUGCUAUCGCUAAAAAUUAAUUUUGCGUGUACGUUAACUUUUUCUCUUGAUAUAAUGCUUCCGCUUUAGUGUGCAAAGCAUACAUGGAGAGACCAAACGACUGGCUGAUGAAUAUCUUCCUUAUUUUGAGUUUAACCCUUUAAAUCAGGUGAAAUUAAGUGGCACAAUUUAUAAUUAUGAGCACUUAGAAAGUUACCAGCAAGAAAAAUAAUUUUGUAUGGCCCGGCUGUCUUAAGUCCCCUUGAAAUACUGCACUUAACUUAAGCACUUAAUUAUCUGACGUUUAACAAGUGUCCAAAAGCUAGGUUUGUUUUCAUUAAUUUCUCAGUAUUUUACUAACUUAAAGGCCAUGAUGUGUUGCAUAUGUGAUGUGUGCCAUAAUAAAUCUGGCACCUUUUACUUCUCAGGUAAAAUCUGCUAUGUAUUAAUACUUUUAUUUAUAGUGUCAUGUUUUUUUCUCUUUAUCAAAUGAACCAAGCUUAUAAAAGGUCAAUGCCUUAUGUGCUCUCUUUGAUCGUGAAGUAAUACAGAAACUCCUCAAACUCUUAUCAGUUAACAAUAUUCUUCAGCAAUAGAUGGACGCUGUAGAUUCAGACUAAUCCACUCUCUGUAAGGUUUUUGAGGACUGCUUCGAUCAGGUACGUUUAACAAUCAUUUAACAUAUAAUAUCCAUGGCCUGUAAUUCACUUUUGCACUCAAUAUUAAACAAUAACACUAUCAUUGUUCAAAUGAAAGGACUAAUCUUCUUGGUUGCCUUGGAGUAGUACUAAAAUUAUUUCCUUUUUGGCUGUAAUUGUUUUUUUGUUUGGUUUUUUUUUUGGGCAAAUUGUGAGUUGAUCUCUUGUGCCUGAGCGUGUUUGUGUUUUUGUCCGAGAUAUUGCACUAGAAAGAUAGCCAGAGAGCUUGCUAUAACUGUUCUAAAAGUAUUUCUACAUGUUUAUAUAAACAAACGCUGCUGUAUUUUUCUCCGUUCUGUUUCUUGUAUUCUUAUGCAAUACUUAAGUUUUGUUGUGAAUAAAUUUUCUCAAAGUUA